GGGGCAGUUGAGGAGGACCGCGCCAUGGCCUCCUGGUUCGGCCGAAGCGAGCCUCACCAGCGCAUCCCCCGCAGGGAGCCGGCCGACGUGGUCGCCGACACGCUGAUGGUGGAGCUGAGCUGGCAGCUGAAGGAGGCGGAGAGGCAGCAGAGAGAGAGGGAAAGCGAGUACCGGCGCCUCAAGACCGGCGUGGACUACAGCUGGCUGGCCAGCGCGCCUCGCUCGUCCUACAGCAUCAGCACCGGGGAGCGGCUGGGCCUGGAGGACCUCUGCGCCAAGGUGCCGCCGUCUUGCUGUGGACUGGUCAUCCUCAAGUUCCGUGACGCUAUCCAAGCCAGCGACCCAGAGGUGCAAGAGGUGUCGGGCCUCUUCCGCUCGAUCCUCCUGGAGGCUGUGGAGCAACUGAAGGAGGAGCAGGAGGCCCAGCGGCUCGCCUGCCAGUGGAGCAACAAACGCGGCAAGAGCAUGUCCCUGGUCAACUUCAGGUCGCGCAUCAAGAUCAACCCGUUUGGGAGCACGGCGGGCCUGAUGUCGACCGACGGGGCCCGCCUGAGCGACCUGAAGACGGUGUCGGAAGAUGUGGAAAGAGGGAGCGAGAGGGAGGAGAGGGUGUGGAGCAUGCCGGACUUCAGAUACAAAGGAACAAGCAGCAGUAAACCCGUCUGAUAGGACCACAAAGGACAAAGCAGAGAUGGGGGAUUCAAGUCAAAUAACGUGACUCAAGUCAGACUUAAGUUGUCGGUUUUAGGACUUGCUCGACUCAGACUUGACAUAUCUUGCCUGUUUAUAUUGGAAAAUCUGUAUCUUUUGUUUUGUUUUUGAAAGGAAUUAUUUUUUUGGGUGCAGUGACCGCAAACCUGGCAACACACCAGUAUGGAAUUGCGGUUUUUUCCUCCUGCUUCUUUUGUUGAUGAGCUCAUGGAAGGAGUUAAUGAUCAGGCAGAGAAAAUGUGUUCAAUUGACAAGUUUCUCAACCAUUGCGGUCCUCCACAUGAUGCAACCUUUAUUUAUUUGUUUUUUGACACAUAUGCAUGGAAUAAAUAUUAUGUUACUUUAUUCUGGUUUUCACCCACUAUAUCAAGAUUCUUCGUUCAGUUUUUAUGGAAUGUACUGUAUCCAUCUAUCACCCCCACUAUAUCGCAAAUCUGUGGUUUUUAAGUGAUCUUUUUUUUUUUUUAAAUGGGUUUUUACAGUAUACUUAUUAUAAUACCCUCACAUGUGGGAAAGGAGAGCCACAGUCGGCGAUGCACUCUUUAGCCAUUUAUUGAACACCGGGAGAAUAAUAAAACGCAAUGAGCACAUUCACGGAGAAGCUGCUGUCAGCCGCAGCUCACACCCACACUCACACACAGACUCGCUGAUGUCACUUGCCGCCUAACCAGGCCCCGCCUCUUAAAGGCCAAUGCAUGCAUCUCACACACAGAAACUACAAUACAUAAAGUAUUUUCUAUACAUUUUAUGCUUUCAAUUUUGUGUGUGUUCAAAUACAUUUACAAGGUGUUUAAAAUAUGUGCUUGAACGAGUUUUAAAGUGUGUAGAAGGGGUCAAACUAAUUUUUAAAAAUUUACAUGGUCUCCCCAUAUUACAGCUUUUCAAUGGGGCUUCACUGUGUAUACUGUAUAACAAAA